ACCGGCACAUCCGUCCUGCACGGACCCAGCACCGCAUCCCGCCGCUCAGGGAGCCGCACCGCCGCAGCCAGGCUGAAACAGGUCAUCCUCACCACCACUGAUCCUAGCCAUCCUCUCCUGUAGCCAUGGAGAGUUCCUCCCUCCCUGAAAUCAAUUCCUCAUGUGCAGACUGCACUGGGAGAGGACAUAGGGGUCGGAAUAUGUCCACUCCUCCACUUAGCCCCAGGUACUACAUCAUGGUGCCUGUCAUCUACUCAGUCAUCUGUGCUGUGGGACUGACAGGCAACACUGCUGUCAUCUAUGUAAUCCUCAAAGCACCAAAGACGAAAACGAUAACCAACAUCUUCAUCCUCAACCUGGCCAUUGCUGAUGAGCUCUUUACCUUGGUGCUGCCCAUCAACAUUGCUGACUACCUGCUCCUGCAGUGGCCCUUCGGAGAGUUCAUGUGCAAGCUCAUCAUCUCCAUAGACCAAUACAACACCUUCUCCAGCAUCUACUUCCUCACUGUCAUGAGCAUUGACCGCUACCUCGUUGUGGUGGCCACCACCAAGUCCAGGAAGAUGUCCUACCGCACCUACUGAGCAGCCAAAAUUGUGAGCCUCUGCGUCUGGUCCUUUGUCACUGUCAUCAUCCUGCCCUUUACUGUCUUUGCUAAGAUACACAAGGAGCAGGGGCGCUCCCAGUGCGUCUUCGUGUUCCCCCACCCCGAGAGUGUCUGGUGGAAAGGCAGUCGGAUCUACACCCUUAUUCUAGGCUUUGUCAUCCCAGUGUCCACCAUCUGCACCCUCUACACCACCAUGCUCUGCAGACUGAGACAUCUGCAGCUCCACUGCAAUGCAAAAGCCCUGGACAAAGCCAAAAAAAAGGUGACAGUGAUGGUGGUUGUUAUCCUGGCUGUGUGCCUGUUCUGCUGGACGCCCUUUCACCUUAGUGCGGUGGUGGCCCUCAUCAUGGACAUCCCACAAACUCCACUCGUCAUUGAGAUUUCCUACUUCAUCACCAGCCUAAGCUAUGCCAACAGCUGCUUUAACCCUUUCCUGUAUGCCUUUCUGGAUGACAGUUUCCGGAGGAACUUUCGCAAACUGAUAGAUUGCAGAUCCGCCUCAUAAAGCCAGCCCAACCCUCUGCCCUGUCCUGUGUCCCUCCUAGAGUCACCUGCUUCUCCUGGGUGACUCCAGUCUAGAGAGUGCUUUCUCUCCAGUCUCCUUGUGAUGGCCCACAGGGCUUCAGGUUGUCUCACUACCCAAGACACGAAUUGGGGCCUGGUGCGUCUUUCUCAAUUGUCCUGCACUCAUUUCCUUAGCACUGCUUUCCUUGCCCUGUGUUUUUGGUUGGUUGGUUACUUAGUUAGUUAGUUAGUUAGUUAAUUAGUUAGUUAGUUAGUUGUUGGGUUUUUUACAUUCCUUCUCUCUAAUGUGCUUUCUGACCUAGGUUUGGAGCUGCCACAGGUCUCUUUUCCCUUUUUCAAGGCAUUGUUUUGUGAACUCAAGACACGUGACUGUCUCAAUCACUGGUGAUUUGUAAAGCUCAAUAAAAGUGUGUUACCAAC